AAUCGCAAUAUAAUGGUGUUUUCUUUCUGCAAAAAAAGUAGUGUUCCUAAUUGGUAACAAACUACUAGCUUAAGCUACUACUAUCACUCUCAGUAGGUCGGGGAUUGCUAGCCAGCUAACGUUAGGCUAGCUAGCUAUCAAACCUAGUCUGCAACAAACAACAAUGGUGAAGGAAACCGGCUUUUAUGAAAUGUUGGGUGUUAAGCCCAAUGCCACUCCAGAUGAGCUGAAAAAGGCUUAUCGUAAGCUGGCCUUGAAGUACCACCCUGACAAGAACCCUACGGAGGGGGAGAAAUUUAAGCAGAUCUCUCAGGCAUAUGAAGUGCUAUCGGACUCCCAGAAGAGAGAGGUGUACGACCGGGGUGGGGAGAAAGCCAUAAAAGGAGGGGGCAGUGGCGGGGGUUUUGGAUCCCCCAUGGACAUCUUUGACAUGUUCUUUGGAGGAGGUGGCCGAAUGCACCGGGAGAGGAGAGGAAAGAAUGUUGUUCAUCAGCUCACUGUCUCUUUGGAAGACCUCUUCAAUGGCGCCACGAGGAAACUUGCUGUCCAGAAGAAUGUUAUUUGCGAGCGAUGUGAAGGUCGCGGGGGAAGGAAGGGCGCGGUGGAGAUGUGCAUGUCCUGUCGGGGCACGGGCAUUCAGGUGCGCCUCCACCAGCUGGGCCCGGGCAUGGUGCAGCAGGUGUCCACUGUGUGUGGGGGCUGCCAGGGCCAGCGCAUCAGCCACAAGGACCGCUGCAAGGCCUGCAGUGGACGCAAGAUCCUGCGGCAGAAGAAGAUCCUGGAGGUCCACAUUGAUAAAGGUAUGAAGGAUGGACAGAAGCUAGUUUUCCAUGGGGAGGGAGAUCAGGAGCCAGAACUAGAGCCUGGUGACAUCAUCAUUGUCCUGGAUCAGAGAGUCCAUCCUGUCUUCACCAGGCAAGGGGAAAAUCUGACCAUGACUAUGGAGCUGCAGCUGGUGGAGGCCCUGUGUGGUUUCCAGAAGCCUGUUCAAACUCUGGACAACCGAAGCCUCCUCAUCACCUGCCACCCAGGGGAAUUGAUCAAACCUGGCGACAAGAAGUGUGUCCUGAAUGAGGGGAUGCCCAUACACCGCCGGCCGUUUGAAAAGGGACGCCUCAUUAUCCUCUUUUCGGUGGUAUUCCCCACAGCCAACUUCCUCCCCAAGCACAAGCUGAAGGAGCUAGAGCACUACCUUCCUUCCAAGAGUGAGGCGGAGCAGCCCGAGAGUAUGGACGACGACCUCUACAUCUACGCCGACCUGGAAGACUGUGACCCGGCCAGAGUAAGACGCAGUCAAUACCACUACAUGGUGGAGGAUGACUACCCGUCUGCUGGUGGGGUCCAGUGCCAGACCUCAUAAGACCCCCUCACCUCACUCCAACCUCUAACCCCAGGCCCCUCCGGAAACGUGCACAAUCUGCAUCUUUAAUUUUUUAUUCUCUUAACUUACAAUGCUAACUGUGGUGCUGAAGCGGUCCUUUGGGCCCGAUACCUGGAUCUACGUUCCAAUGCGACUUGGCUGCCUUUUAGUUGGAUCGUGUGCCUGAGUGGAUGAAAUACAAUUCUGGUUAAAUCCCUUAGAUUGAGAUUUUGGAAGCGCUAUGGAUGCUGUCACUGACUUUUUUUUAAAGUGUUUGUAUAUUAGCAGGUUUUGAACACCCGCUGUCUUGGCUUUUUUUUGCUUCCAAAGGUCACGAAAUAAGAUAGUUUGAAGCUAUAAUUCAUGUUGCCUAAUUGAAUCCUCGCAGUGAAGAACCAUAUAGGCCUUUGUGCAUAUUGGUCCAUUUUAGAAUAAUGAAAUGUUUUUGUAUUCUACAUUAGCAUAGUUGAAAGAUACUUGCCAAAUAUUACACUAUUUUGUUUAUAUUCAUUUUUAAUAAUGAUGUAAUGAUGCAUGUUCAUCUCCAUUUCAUAAAAUGCACAUUGGCCUUGUGGUUCUUCAUCUGAAUCAUCCUAUCUUCUGUAGUAUGGCAUACUUCUUUAUGUUCAACUGACGAUGGAAAAAGUUAUUUACCCCAUUUGUACGAUCUAGAGUUUUCUAAUCGGUUUAAUUCUACCACUCUUCAUGGGAAUUAGUCAAACUGUAAAUAAACUUUCAAUAGGCCUCAA